ACGGUCCGCGCGUCUUCAUCCGCGCGUCAGUCCAACAUCCUCCCGCACCCGGAGACACGUUCACACCUCAGAAGCGCAGCUGUGCUUCUUUCUGCUCUUUGCCGUCCUUAUUUACUACAAAUUAAAUCUGAUUUUAGGGGAAAACUUCCGAAAUAGCGGCGCAAAGUUCUCCGAGACGGUGCCGGAGCCUUUUCGUGCGUAUUGCCAUACAAGACUUCGCUUGCUGCUUUGUUUUCUCUUUUUCCUCCCCUAGACGACUUUGAAAGCCUGUAGUGUGCUCUACAGAUGGAGCACGACGACAGUGAAGAGGUUAACCACACCUUUGGAAGCGGACAUCUCUUUCCAAGCCACUUGACCAGCUUUGUUGCGCAUUAUUAAGAUGCGCCCUACAGAGGAGCUGAAGGACAGCUGCGCUCUCGCGGUCACACUCUCUCCAGACAACUGAUUUCGUGCCGCCAAGAAAGUUCCUCAAAACUCCUAUGUAUUUCAGGAAUAACCCCACUCGCUGCUGGUUGAGCUCGUUGCAUUAAACUCGUGCAGGGGAAUCCCCUUGAGGAUUUUGCAGCCGUCAACAUGACUGUUCGCCUUUCCCGGAUCCAGCUUGCCCUCUUCUUCAUCUCGCUCUGUCCGCUCAAUAUCAUCGGGCUCUGGUGGGCAGUGGGAAGUCCUCUGGUCAUGGACCCCAACAGCAUUUGCAGGAAAGCAAAACGACUUGCAGGGAAGCAGGCUGAGCUGUGCCAGACUCAACCAGAGAUCGUGAGUGAGGUGGCCAAGGGAGCCAGAUUGGGUGUCAGGGAGUGCCAGUACCAGUUCAGGUACCGCCGGUGGAACUGCACUAGUCACAACAAAUACUUUGGCAAAAUACUCCAGCAAGACAUCCGGGAGACAGCGUUUGUCUAUGCCAUCACAGCUGCAGGUGUGACACAUGCCGUGACCCAAGCCUGCAGUAUGGGAGACCUGCUGCAGUGCGGCUGUGAAGCCACCAUAAACAGAGCGCCGCCCAGGCCGCCUUCCCCCUCCACUGGGGACAGCGUCAAGUGGGAGUGGGGGGGCUGUGGAGAUGAUGUGGAGUUUGGUUAUGAAAAGUCCAAGCAGUUCAUGGAUGCCAAGAGAAGAAAGGGCAAAAGUGAUAUCAGGACGCUUAUUGAUCUCCACAACAACGAGGCUGGCAGGCUGGCAGUGAAGCUCUACAUGCGGACUGAGUGCAAGUGCCAUGGACUCUCUGGCUCAUGCACCUUGCGUACGUGCUGGAAAAAAAUGCCUCAUUUCCGUGAGGUGGGCGACCGCCUGCUGGAGCGUUUCAACGGUGCAUCCAAAGUGAUGGGUAGCAAUGAUGGGAAGACUCUGAUCCCUGUAGGCCACAACAUAAAGCCACCAGAUAAACAAGAUCUGAUAUACUCAGACGAAUCUCCAGAUUUCUGCCUCGCAAAUCGGAAAACAGGUUCACUGGGAACACGGGGACGCAUGUGCAACAGCACGGCCAUGGACAUCAGCGGCUGUGAUUUGUUGUGUUGCGAAAGGGGCUACCGGGAGGAAACGGUGGAAUUUGAGGAGAACUGCUUGUGUCGCUUCCAUUGGUGUUGUGUUGUCCAGUGCAAGAAGUGCUUGGUACAAAAACAGCUUAGUCUGUGUCACUGAUGAACUGAGUCGGAGUGUAACCAAACUACUCACUCAUUUUUAGCUAUUUCUGUUCCUUUUUAGGUUCCUGGUUUAGUCUCACUGUUGGAAAAAAGAUUUAGACCACAAUGGUUACAUAAUAAUAAGAUAAGAUAAUACCCUAAAAGACUUUCAUUUGAAAAAAUAAACAACAUAGUUUUGUUCAUAUGAGUUUCAAACAGAUAACCCGACCUACCUUCUAUGAACUACCUAUUUUCUGUUUCUUCGUUAAGAAAGGACCAAAGACUGUUAAGUGUCAUUGAAUAAAAGGACCUAUGCAAAGAGGAUCUUGUUUUGACUAGCUGAUGCAUUUAGCAGAUCCACUUCAACAACAUCUGCAGCAUCUGUGAGGCUCUAAAAAUGGUGAUUUACCUGAGUUAUCCACCUUCAUAAACUGUCAAAAAAAAGUAUGAUUGUUACACUGAGUAUGUUGAAAUCUUAUGAGCUUGCAGUGACUUUUUUGUACUUUCUGCUAUUUAAGUCCUUCAGAGACAUUAUUUUCUAUUUACAAAAUGCUGUACAAUGAUAUAAAGAUAUCACUGAAGCCCAAAUACCAGUACUUUAAUUUUUCUCUUGACAUGUGUGUAAUCCCAUUUUUAUAAUACUGUGCAUCACCAGCGAUCAGAAAAUGUUUACAUUUUACUACCUGAAAUCUAUUUUAUUCAAACUUUUAAAAUGUUCAUAUUCACUGAUGCACCACAACAUUAAAGCCAAUGACAAAUGAGUAACAGUGCUCAGUCUUUUAUAAUGCAGUGCCAUGGAGGACAAACCUGCAUCCUGGCAUUCACAAGGAUUGUCACUUUGACACUUUUCAUUUACCUAAACAGUUUUUUCAGACCAGUCAGACUUCACCCGGCACGACAGCAGCAGGAGCAACUUCCCCCAGCUGGACAGAAGGUGGUUCUACAAAAACGCCUUAUAGGAAUGGUGUAAAGAACAUAAACAUAAUCUGAGGUAUUCACUUCACCUCCAAACUCCCAGUCUUAUGGGACCAACCAAGGCGAAACGACAAAUACCCCACCCUUCAAACUACAGGGCCCAAAGAAUGUGUUUCUAACUUCCCAGUGGCAGAAGCUCAAGAUCGCACUGAUGAUGAUGAUGAUGAUGAUGAUGAUGAUGAUGAUGAUGAUGAUGAUGAUGAUGAUGAUGAUGAUGAUGAUGAUGAUGAUGAUGUGAUCUUUGAGUGGCACGGAUUUUAGUCGGGAGAGCAAAAUGAUAUGGUUGGAUGAUGUAAAGUCUGUGUUUCUGUUCGACUUAAUAGAGCAUGUACACUAAGUACAAAAAGAUUUUGGCCUUUUAUCUUUUUUAUUCUGUUUGUCAAAAUUAUACAAAAAUUUAAACUGUCACACUAAUAGUUUUAAGGAACGCUUUCAACACUAUUUCAAUACCUCUUAAUUUCUGUAAAUGCUUAAACUUUUUGUAUUGACAAAAUUGACAUUUUUGGAAAAUAGUCAUGAAAACUUUAUCUGAAAUUAUCUCUCCAUAUGGUAUAGUCAGGAUUUUUUUGUUUGAGUAAGUGUGAUCAGUGACCAUAUUACCUUUAGAACUGAAUGUGUUUUUUUUUACAUAGGCCUUGCAAUAGAAUGGCAACUUGUUAAGUGUGUACCCCACCUUUAACCCAAUGACACCAAGGCCAGACUCCAGCAGACACCCCAGACUCUGUAUAGGAUUGAAGUGGGUACAGAUAACUGAUGGAAGAAUAAAGGUUUCUCCCUCAUUGUUCCAGUGGGACACACGUAACAGUGCAGGCCUCAGUUUUGUAGUAGCUACUGGCGUUUGCGACGAUGCAAUAAAUACAGACACACAAUGUACAGUCUGUGUGAAUAUGAGUUGUAGGCAAUCUCUACAUUAAUAGGUUUUAAUUUUAAAACAUUAAGUUUUUUAUCAUAUCAAUACAAUAUUAACAUUACCUUUUAUACAUGUGUAUACAGAAAAAAAAAUCAGGUGUUUUCUUUUAAAUGUUGUUUUAAAAACAUGAACAUCAUAUUGUUAUUUUGGCUCUAUAAGAGUCUUAGCCUCACAACUGCUUUAUAGAAGUGUAUCAGGGCAUGAACAAAGGAGAUUUACGAUAGUAAACUGGAAAUGUUGCAAAUCAAUCCAUUAAGAAUUUGGACUCCUUGUAUCCACAGACUGAUCGAUUGUGAGGAAAUUCAAGACUACUGACAUGGAAAAUCGUAUAAUAUAAUUUCAUGGUUAGCUGUGUAAAAGUGUUAGAGGUCACAAAGGAACCCAUGUUGAAAAUGUGGGACCAAAAAUAUGGAUAUUUGAAUAAAUUAAGUAAUUUUUUUUUACUGUCAAAGCUUGAAUAAUGGAAGCCUCUUCUACUACAUUUUGUAUUCUGAAAGAGUAAACAAAAAGAUGUCAACCCUCCAAAAUGCAUUCAUUAAAAUGCUCUACCAU